GUGUGAGAGGUAAAAAUGGCGCUUCACCUCGAAACGACGUUGCAGCGAAAGUUAAACUUCAAGAUGACCACGGUACGUACCGAGAGGGAACAUCGGGUCAUCGAAGAAGCGACGAGUAACACGACUUAUUGGAGCAGCGGCGGUUGCCGUUCGUCGAGCGUAGAGGGCGCGAGCGCGGUGACAGUCGCGAGCGCGGGUGGGGGCGGGGGCGCGGGCGCGGGGGAGAGCGCGGCGCGCAUGGCGAGCGCGGGCGCGCAGUACCGCGGCGGGCAGCAGCAGUGGGGCGCGGCGUAUGCGCAGCCCUGCCGCUACCCGCCGCCCCAGCCGCAGUCCUACGCGGCACCUAGCUACACCCCCCAUCAGUACACGGGGGCAAUGAGCGGUGGUUGCGGUGGCGGGGGUACGCGGGUGCCCACCGCGGCGUCGCCUGCCAACACGGCGUCGUCAUCAUCGUCCAACACGGGCUCUGCUGGCGGCACGCGGUCCACCAGCCUUAGCACGGGUCCGCCGCCCGCCAGCUCGGCGUCCACAGGCGCACCAGGCGACCAGCUUAGCCGCACCAACCUCUACAUACGAGGCCUCGGCCAGAAUACCACCGAUAAGGACCUUGUCCAGAUGUGCCAGAUGUACGGCAAUAUAAUUUCAACAAAGGCAAUAUUGGAUAAAAAUACAAAUAAAUGUAAAGGGUAUGGUUUUGUAGAUUUCGAAACGAUCGCGUCGGCGGAAGCGGCGGUAAAAGGAUUACAAGCAAAAGGUGUUCAGGCCCAGAUGGCUAAAGUGGGUAUCUGGUUCCUGCGUAGACUGAACCGUCAACAGGAGCAGGACCCGACCAACCUUUACAUGGCCAACCUGCCGCCACACUUCAAGGAGAACGAUGUGGACCAACUGCUCGCCAAGUUCGGGCAGGUGGUGUCGACGCGCAUACUACGCGAUACGCACGGCCAUAGCAAGGGCGUUGGUUUUGCAAGAAUGGAAUCGCGCGAAAAAUGCGAGCAGAUCAUUCAGAUGUUUAAUGGCAACUCGAUACCGGGGGCCAAGGAGCCGCUGCUUGUGAAGUUCGCUGACGGCGGCAGCAAGAAGAAGUCACUCUACAAGCAGAACGACAACGGCGGCCGAAUGUGGCGGGACAACAAUGAAUCCAUUACUCAGACGGUGUGGUUCCAGGCGAUGAGCGUGAGCGGCGUGUACGCGGGCGGCGUGGCGGCGGGCAACGCGGCGGAGUGCGGCGGCGUGUACCGCGGCGCCGGCGUCUACGGCCUCGCGUACCACCCGCAGCUGCACCACCCGCACCCCGCCGCCUGGCUGCCCUACGCCGCGCUGCUGCCACCCGCGCACCCCCAUGCGCACCCCACACACGCGGCGCACCCCGCGCACGCCCCGCACGCCGCGCACCCCUCGCACCCCGCGCACGCUGCGCACCCCGCGCACCUGCCCAUCGACUCCGUGCCCAGCCAAUACGUAAACUGGGACAGCCUAAGGCCGGAAAAUGAAUUAUACUACUUCCCGUCGCCGCCGUACCAGUUCUUCGCGGGCCCGACGCCGCCCAUCAUCCAGAUGCCGAUGGAGAGCGAGCAGGCGUCGACCGCGGCGUCGCCGGACGAGGCGUACCAGCCCUACCCGGCCAAGUAGACGCCGCGCCUUGCAGCGCCCGCAGCGCCCGCAGCGCCCGCAGCGCCCCGCGGCGCCGCACGCCACUACCCAUGCUGUACACGAGCCA